UCCUUGUCGAGGCAUUAUAAUAUUCAUCGAACUCUUUGUUGAUCCUAUAGCCGAAUCCCAUCUGUUAUUAUAUAUAUUUAUGGAUACUGCCAUCUUCUAGGAAUUCUUUAUCUACGGAAAAAUAUAUAUUUAUCAAGUUCACACUCCAGUCUCCCAGUAUGACAGAAAACACGAUAUCGAUAUUUAAGAAGAAGAAAAGAACAAAUAUACAUACCUACCUAUUCGUUAAAAAUCCAGCAAAACCUCCCCCCUUGAACAAUAUGGGUCGCUCAGGAACAUCUCACAGUUCAUCCCAUCGCUGCAGCCACCGCUGCGAAUACGACUGCGACGACGGACACCAUCACGUCCAUCGACACCGGCAUAGUAGUCGCCAUCGCUCCUCACACCGAAGCAAAAGCCACCAUGGGCGAAGCUCAGCACUCGUGGACAAGGAAAGUGAAGUGAUGACCGAUCUUAUGAAGACGGCAGGGGUGUUUCUGAAAGAGAAAAUCAAGGACAUGCGUAAGCAGCGCGAGGCGAAAGAUGAGGAAGAGGAAGUGAUUAUCGAGGAGAGUCAUGGUUGUGACUGUGGUGAGUUGGAGGAGGAGGAGGAUGGAGAGAGUGCGGAUGGGGAUGGAGGGUGCGAUUGUGGGGGUUCGGAGUAUGAGUCUGAGUCGGAUUGCUGUGAUUGUGAGGAUUGUGAUGACUCGCAGUCAGAGACACCGCCGACACCUCCGCCAGCAGGCUAUUCUACCUGCACGAGGAUAAAGACACGGCAUAAGGGAAAUUCCCCAGGGCAGACACGGGUGACUACUUACGUCGUUUCGCCUGGGGACACAAGCAGGAAACGAAGCACUACAGUGCAAGCGUCUCGAGAGCCAUCAUCUGGUCAGAAUGGAAAUAAGCGGUCUGUUAAAACGGUGGUGAAAUGUAAGCCUAAGCCACCACCCCGGUCAGGUUGCAAUUGCUCCUCGUCAUCUUGUUCAUCGUCUUCGUCUUGCUCUUCGUCUACUACCAGAACAACCACUACAAGACGUUCACGAUAUAUCUGAAGCAGGAUUCUGGCAGAGGAAGGAAGAUAAGAGGGGGUUUUCUGUAUGGAGGUAGUUCAAUAGUCCGAAACUUGCGUCGUGUCAUAGGAUCUCAAACAUGAAUAUAGAGCGUAAACGCGUCUGGAAAUCAAUAUAUCUCGCCAAUCAUGAAGAAUCUGAAAUCAUAUGACAACGUGACAUGAAUAUUCUAUACUUUGGUUACACAAGAUCUUCUAUUUUGCCUUUGAUCACAUGAAGUUGAUCGCUAGCAAA